AGGGAGUGAAUUCUGUAAGGAAGUGUCAGGCAUUAUCCAGGAAAGGGCUGACCUAGAGGGAAAUUACGCAAAACAUCUCAACAAACUCAGUCAGAAACUUGUAAAAGCCACAACAGGAAAUUUAGGAACCCUAGCUGACGGAUGGCGGUCGGUGGCCAGUGUCAUGGAGCAGGAGGCGGAGCUUCACAAGAAUUUAGGUCAGGCAUUGGCUGAGGAGAUUAGUAAACCAUUAAAAUCUCUGGUGGAAACCCAGAAUAAGGCCAGAAAACCCAUAGAGGCAACAGUGGACAAAAGUCUAAAGACCCUAACAGACAAAAGAACUGAAGAAACCAAGGCUAAGAAGCAAUGUUAUAUCCACGCCAAAGAAAGUGAGAAAGGAGAGGAUCUAAGGUCGGAUACCAGUAAAGGGAAAACCGAGAAAGACAAGCACAAACUGGAGAAGAAAUGUGACCAGAUGAGAAAACAGCUGAGGAAAUCUGACAAGGAUUACUGUGAAUUAUGUGAAAAGGCAGAGACAGCAAGACAAGAAUGGGAAUUCAAUGUCGCCAAGGGAAGUUCACAGCUGCAGACCUUAGAUGAAGAAAGAUUAGCCAAGAUGGCCGACUACCUCAAUCAGUAUAACAGUCACUUGUCUGUCAUGGCACCUCGCUUACAAACCAGUUGUGAUAAAUUACACGAGUCUGUGAUAUCAGUUGACAUCCAGCAGGAUUUGAAGGCGGUGGCCAAACAGCGAGGGACUCAGGGCACACCCCCAGAACAAAUAUUAUUAGACUGCUACGCAGAAGACCUACAGUUCACUAUGAAUGCAGAGAGGAGAAAGAACGCCCUACAGAACUACCUACUAUAUUUACGACAGUCUCUAGAACGAGAGAAGAAGGGAAAAGAAGGUGUGGAGAAAUUAGUCGGGGUUUAUAAAGAACGACCAAAUUUUGCUGACCAGGAUGCGCAAGAGGACGCCAGACAGAGAUUGUGUCAGGUGAUGUUUAUGAUGAAUUUCCUAGAAGCUAGUCAUUAUAAGAUAGCCUCCGUGUUAGCCAAGCUAGAAUGUCAACCGAAGCUUGAACACAAGUUUGCCAAGUACAUAGAAACUGUCAGGGAUAAACAGGGAAUUCCGACCAGUGUCCUGCGUCUACCAAUCAACAUAGCUCUGGAGGGGAAUUCCGGCUAUGAUGUUACCUCGGUAACGGUAGGGGCUCUAGCCAAUCAAACACAGUCAGAUCCAUACGAGGAACCAUUUGCUGAUGACGAAUUUGAGGAUGUUGUCGACAGUCAUGUGAUUGGUCGAUGUCGAGCCCUAUAUGAUUAUGAUGCCAAUAGAAAUGAUGAACUGACGAUUAGAUACGGUGAUGUAAUAAACAUUUAUGAUAAACAGUUAGACGGCUGGUGGCAGGGAGAGUUACAUGGACGAGUCGGGAUAUUUCCCGCAACAUACGUGGAGGAAAUAUGAGAUAUUAUUGCACAAUAUGACACUCCCGAUAUCUCGAAAAUAUCUAAAAAUGGCUAUAAUGACCUUCACCUGGAAAUGGUUGUGUGGAACAAGUCAUCUGUUGCAGAAUUGUUUUAAUUUCAAGGUCAAUAGACUCAAUGACCUUGAUAUUUGGAAGAUUGUGAUUCACAAGGUGAUUUGAAGGAAUAUUAAUUGUGACCUUUAUAUAAAGGUCUACCUCACAGUCUGGAAAGAAAAAUAAACUUCUGUUUUAAGUAUUUGAUACAGAAGAAGAUGCAUCCAUAUUUUAGUAGUGAGCCCUUGUAUAUUAUUCAAAAUUGACAUUAUAUGAUAUGAGUAAAGUGAGGAAGUUAUACAAACACUUGCCAUUAAAGUGCAUUUAAAUAUAUAUAA